UUCAAACCUAACCCGCUUUAACUAUCAAAUAUAAAUAUUGGCAAAGAAAUAAAAAAAAAAAGAAAAAGUUAUUAUUAGUUGUAUUUUUCAUUCUCUCUCUUGUUUUCUGAUUGGAAGGCUCAGAUCAAAACGACAAUAGUAUCUCCUCACCAGCAGUGACUUCCUGAACAGCGUUUGGAGUGUUGUUGGCUCUUUGCUAAUGGAGAAAGGAGUGCCAUCUAGCCUUUUUGUUAAUGAUGGUUCCUUCAUGGAGAAGUUUAAACAGCUUCAACAACAGAAGGAUGAAAAAGACAAAGCUGUAGCUUUAGAGGAAUCUAGACCCCCCAAAAUUGUAAAAGGUUCUUCAGCUCCCAAGCCUGCUAUUGCUCUUAACAAACUAGCCAUGGAAUAUAAGCCGAAUGAUGCACGCAAGACCACCCAAACUCCUUCUGGAGGCAAACUUGCAUUCAGCUUGAAACAGAAAUCAAAGCUUGUGGCACCUCCUGUUAAGUUGGCUGAAGAUGAGGAUGAUGAGGACCAAGCUGCAGGAAAGUUGUCAGAUGACACGUCUGUUAAACGGCAAAAGUUGGGUCAAUUAGAUGCCUCUGAACAAGCAUCAAAACAAGUGGAUGUUGCACCACCUUCCCCAAGUGAUCCUACUGUGAAGAAAGUUGCAGACAAACUAGCAAGUUUUGUUGCCAAAAAUGGAAGGCAGUUUGAAAAUAUUACUCGUCAAAAAAACCCUGGAGACACACCUUUCAAAUUCCUUUUUGAUGAGAGCUGUUCUGAUUACAAAUACUACGAAUACCAGCUUGCUGAAGAGGAAAAAGCUCUUUUACAGAACAAGGAAUCACAAACUUCUCAAGGUGGUAUCAGCAUUUCAGCUUCUAAGUCCACAAGCAGUUCUCUUAGGUCAGCUCUGCAGAAAUCAAGUUAUCAAAUGCCUGCCUCUGCUUUGUAUGAGAAUAAUGAGGAGCCUAGAUCUUCUGUGACUUCAGUGAGAAAGCAGGUGAUGAUGCUUGAGAUACUGCUGUUAGGCCCAUCCAGUGCACCACCUGGUGCAGAUCCUAUAGCAAUGAUGGAGUUUUACAUGAAGAAGGCUGCUCAGGAAGAGAAGAUGAGACUGCCUAAGCAGUCCAAAGAUGAGAUGCCGCCACCUCCUUCACUUCAAGCUCCUGUGAAGAAAGGUCAUCACAUGGGUGAUUAUAUCCCACAGGAAGAGCUUGAAAAGUUCAUGGCUGCCUGCAAUGAUGCUGCUGCACAUAAAGCUGCAAAGGAGACCGCAGAGAAGGCAAAGAUUCAAUCUGAUAAUGUUGGGCAUAAACUCUUGUCGAAAAUGGGCUGGAAAGAAGGUGAGGGUUUAGGGAGCUCCAAAAAUGGUAUUUCAGAUCCAAUCAUGGCUGGUGAUGUAAAGAUGAACAAUUUGGGGGUUGGUGCCCAUCAUCCUGGAGAGGUGACUCCAGAAGAUGAUAUAUAUGAGCAGUAUAAGAAGCGAAUGAUGCUUGGUUAUCGACAUAGACCAAAUCCUUUGAACAAUCCUCGAAAAGCAUACUAUUGAACAAAGUUGUGGAAGAAACCUACUUGUGGUGGCUGGUUGGAGGAAUAACAUAAGAGUUAAACGUGCUUAUUGUAUUAUUUUUUUUAAUUUUAUUUUGUGACUUAAACUUUUCGAUGGAGAUUGCCUUUAUUUAUGUUACGUUUAUUCAGUGUUGAAUGACAAAUGGUGUUUCUACCCAAGACUGUUAACGGGUGAUUUCAAUCA